AUGCAGCUCACUCUCCUCACCACCGUGGCUGCCCUUGCCUUUGGCACACACGCAGCAGUGAUCGGCCGUCAAGGGAGUGACAACCCGCGCUUGGCACAGUUCCGCGUCUUUUCGGAUUACGGCUGCUCGAAUCUCAACGAGGGUUUCUUCACCGUCGACACAGAUCAGUCGAACAAAUGUAACAGCUUUGCGCCCUAUAGUGGUAGCACCCCCAACGGUUACGUGUCGAUCGUUCUACAGGCGCUCCAGCCAGCGGGUGAGAAAUGCAAACUCUACCUCUACUCUGAUACCACCUGCUCAGCUACUGAGACUGAGGCUGCCCUCAAUGGCUGCGACAAUGCGUCGGUAACCCAAGACGGAGCGAGCUUUCCGACCUGGAACUCGUGGCAACUGAAGUGCUAA